CACACGUUACAGAGUGCCCUCCUCCGACAGCUACGCCAUCCUUCCCCUUUGCACGAGCUGCUUCUCACCUGCUCACACACGGACAACUUUCAGUUUGGUCUCACCUUGUGUACCAUCAGCGGCUCGCUUUCACAAUGGAUGUCUCUCUCGUCUCUAUAAGCUGUCAUUUUAUGAUGAAGCCAACAGACAAACCCUACAUACCUAGCUAGCAAUAUAUUUGGAUUUCUUCCCAUUAGUACUAUUGGAACUAAACUAAGGGGAAAGGAACUGAGGGUAAUCCAUUUUUGUGGUAGAAAUUUAUUUAUAAACACAUAUUACCCCAUACGUCACCAUUAAACCACAAUCUAUUGGCUUGGUUUAACUCUAAUUGUUUAAAUUAAAUAGAAUUUCAAGUAGCGAUGGAUGCAACGGCACUAGCAACCCUGGCUACUGCCACCACAGUAGUUCUGGCCUCUCAGACCACCAUGUCAGGCUACUUGUGGCUGCUGGUGUUAGGCUUCGUCAUUGCCUUCAUCCUGGCUUUCUCUGUGGGGGCCAAUGAUGUGGCCAACUCCUUCGGUACUGCAGUGGGCUCCGGAGUGGUGACCUUGCGUCAGGCCUGCAUCCUGGCUUCUGUCUUUGAGACGGUGGGCUCUGUGCUGCUGGGGGCCAAAGUCAGCGAGACUAUCCGAAAUGGCAUCAUUGACGUCCAGAUGUAUAACGGCUCUGAACACGUCCUGAUGGCGGGAUCGAUAAGUGCAAUGUGUGGCUCUGCUGUGUGGCAGCUGGCUGCAUCUUUCCUGAAGCUCCCCAUUUCUGGAACCCACUGCAUUGUUGGAGCCACAAUUGGCUUCUCCAUGGUAGCCAGAGGUCACCAAGGGGUCAAAUGGAUGGAGCUACUGCGCAUUGUGGCAUCCUGGUUCCUGUCGCCUUUGCUGUCCGGCAUCAUGUCAGGAAUUCUUUUUUAUUUUGUUCGCAAAUUCAUUCUGAACAAGGCUGACCCUGUACCCAAUGGCCUUAGAGCUCUUCCCAUCUUCUACGCCAUCACUAUGGGCAUCAACCUCUUCUCCAUCAUGUUUACAGGAGCACCCAUGUUGGGUUUUGACAGAGUGCCAUGGUGGGCUACACUGUGCAUUUCGCUGGGCUGUGCCUUGCUCACAGCCUUGGUCGUUUGGUUCGUUGUCUGUCCAUUCCUGAAGAAGAAAAUCAAGCGAGAAGCAGCUGCUGCUCCCUGUGAAACUCCAUUAAUGGAGAAGAACUCCAGCAAACGUGCGCCAGCGGAGCCAACCCCAACACCAAGUGCCCCUCCACGCCAGACUCCGCCAGCAGACUGUCAGAAGGUGGCUUUCAAACUCGGAGGCUCAGAGGAAGCUGAUUUGGACAACAAUGACAUGGAAACCAAAGACUUGGAUUUCAGCAAUGGUCUAAAUGGCACUGUUGGCCCCAUGAUGAUCACUGAUCCUCACAGUGGACAGUCUCACGCGAUCCACAAGGAUUCCGGCCUUUACAAAGACCUGCUACACAAGCUUCAUGUGGCUAAGGUCGGGGACUGCAUUGGUGACAGUGAUACAGAGGAGCGACCCAUCAGGAGGAACAACAGCUACACCUCCUACACCAUGGCUAUUUAUGGCAUUCAAGGAGAUCCUAAAUACAAGGACCUGGAUGGUGACCUGCAAGGAAGACCGAGGGUGGGCAGUGACAGCAGCUACAACUCAGCAGUGACCAAUGGGAGUGCAGUUCAGGAAGAGAGCGUGACUCAGGAAGCUGGCGGGGACAUCGCUCCGGAAGAGGAUGAGCUGGAGGUCGACCAACCAGCCGUCUCCUUGCUUUUCCAGUUCCUGCAGAUACUCACAGCGUGCUUUGGCUCCUUUGCUCACGGCGGGAACGAUGUCAGCAAUGCGAUUGGGCCACUGGUGGCUCUCUGGCUUCUGUAUGAGAGCGGCUCUGUGGCAUCCGAUGCACCUAUACCCAUUUGGUUGCUUCUUUACGGUGGAGUGGGCAUCUGCGCUGGACUCUGGGUAUGGGGACGUAGGGUGAUGCAAACCAUGGGCAAAGACCUUACACCCAUCACACCCUCCAGUGGAUUCAGCAUUGAGCUUGCGUCGGCACUCACAGUUGUUGUGGCAUCCAAUGUGGGUCUUCCUGUCAGCACAACCCACUGCAAGGUGGGAUCCGUGGUGGCUGUGGGAUGGCUGCGCUCCAGGAAAUCAGUGGACUGGCGUCUGUUCAGGAACAUCUUCAUCGCCUGGUUUGUAACGGUUCCUAUCUCCGGGCUGAUCAGUGCGGCCAUCAUGGCUCUCUUCAUACAUGUUGUCCUGUGAUCCUCCCCAUUCACGCUGGGACUCCAGCUGACAGUUUUUGUUUGACUGACUGAUAAAACUGUGCGAAACAAACAUGUUCCAGCUGAUUUAUUUUAAUGAUGUUUAUAAAUUCAUUCAAAGUUAUUUUGAGGUCAAACCCCUGAUAUGAACUGACAUGAAUGAUGUAGGAUCUAAUAACACUGUUCAAAUAUCCUAUAAUCUUGUAUAUUCCAGUGUAUAUUUGUAUAAAAGCGAUAUGUAUUAAAAAUCAAAUAAUUCAAUUUUCACAGAAAGAGAAGAAAGUAUGUGUAUGUUUGUGUAUUAUGUUAUUGCUUGAUUUUAAGGAAUGUCCAUGUAUUUUACUUACUAUUAAAAAUGAAUCCUCUGAGG